AUGGCGUUAAGACGUAGUUUGUGCCUCAGAUCCUUGUUCAGUGCUGCUCGCUGCUACCAAACUUCUUACAGAUGUCUCACGAGAUCCUUUAGCAGCUCGGUUCUCUCUCAACAUCUAGGAAGAAGCUCUUCACAUCUGUCUCCAUUUGCUCCUUUUGGUGUCUCUACCUUUCGGUCUCUCUCGACUUCACCUGUUCCAGGAUCUGAUGAGAGUGGUGCCCAUGUCGCUGGAACUCUUUCCGAUUCAGUGCUGCAAGAUGUGUCUUCGCAGACCAGUACAGUCAGCGGAGUUGUUUCCGAUGGUGCUAUUGAUUCUGUGGUUCAUUUUGAUGCCGCUCAGCAGAUCAUCGACAAUGUGCAUUCAUUCACUGGCUUAAACUGGUGGGCUUCCAUUGUUGUUACCACCGUUUUGAUUCGAGGAGUGACAAUCCCACUCAUGAUUUAUGAUGUCAGAUGGAAUUCAAGGAUCAUGCUAUUGAAACAUUUAGCAUAG